AGUGCAAAUUUGUAUCUUGGGUCGGAUAGACGGCGCCCUAGUGCCAAUGACACCCCAGCGACACCAUGAGCGCUGACCAUACUUUAAAGCAUCUGGAGGUGAGCUCAAUGUGCUUAAUAGGGAUGGGAAAUAAUACAGCACUAUGUCAGACACAGUACUCUAAAGCUGCGAGAGCGGAAUUGGACCGCGACCUCGAUCGUGCUUUCCGUUUGUACAUUCAAGUCGCUCAGGACUUCCUGCACCUCAGUCGCACGAGUAAUAGCACAGCCAUCCGUGCGGAAUGUAAAACUCAUGCAGGAAAGGCAUUGGAACGUGCAGAGAAGAUUAAGCAGGUGAAGCGAGAUGUCGCACCGGUCAUAGCCGAUCGUUUCUCUGAACAGGAACAGUUUGCCGUUCUGCGACACUCUUCUAAUGUAAAUGGAACACGCAUCCCGCUCUGGAGCGAGCCUAUAGUUCCAAGCACCGGCAUUACCCAGCCACCCCUUUCUCCAGAGCAAGUUCAGAAUAACGCUAAAUGGAGAAGGCCGGAGCAUAUUCACGAUAACAAUAGCAAACUCGAAUCAAAAGAUGUGAUUCAACACAUGGUUUCUGACUGUUCUGUCUGUGCAUCCGUAGCUAUAUGCAUCGAACAUGAUCGUCGGUUUGGAUCCAAACUUGGAUCCUCUUCACUGCUUCAGUUUCCGGAUGAACCAGACAGAUACCACCUCAAAGCCAUGUUUAAUGGCACAUACCGACGAAUCGACAAUCAGCUACCGUGCUAUCCUGAUGGAACCUUGAUGUGUCUCUCAACUGGUCCGAAGUCGGUCUUAUGGCCCUCUCUGGUCGAGAAAGCGUAUAUGAAACUUGUAGGAGGAUAUGACUUCCCAGGAUCGAAUUCGAGCACAGAUUUACAUGUUCUGACUGGGUGGAUACCCGAGCACAUCGAAGUGAAGGGCGCUUACUUUGAACGGGAGAGUACAUGGGAUCGAAUAAACACAGGCUUUACAGAAGGACGAUGUGUCCUGACUGUUGGAACUGGAGAACGGCUUCCAGAGCUUGGAGUGUUCCCAAUGGAGUUGCUUCCAGCGCAUUGUUAUGCUGUUAUUGAUGUGAGAGAUGAUGAACAAGGUCGGCGGAUGACUAUCCUUGACUCUCGUGUACACCAUACAUCGAGCGAAGAUGUAGAACAAGACUUUACUCGUUUAUCGCUGUUGGAUUCACCGGUAGAGAGGCCUCGCUCUUACGAUCUAUCUUGGGAUAUAAUCUGCAAUGUAUUUGACGGUAUCUAUCUUAGCUGGGACUCAGGGACCUUUGAACACAAACUAGCUUAUCAUGGAAAGUGGAAACGUGAGGAAGCAGGAGAUCAACCACAAAUUUUUAGAGCAACAUUCAGGGUAGAAACUAGUUCGUUGGAAGAGGAAGAAAUUUGGGUGUUGCUCACAAGGCACAUAACGGAUUCGAGACGGAAGUCAGAGUAUGUUUCGCUAACGGUGCAAGAUACAACGAGUUCGGAUUUGAACUCGUUACAUCUCAAAGGCUCCUAUACCAACAGCACCCACAUUCUGGUUAAGGCUCGUUGCUCAUCGCUGUCUCCAGAGCUAUUGGUUGUUGCCUCAUACGAUGGUGAUUACGACGAUGUUGGAUUCACCGUCACCAUAUAUUCAUCGACGUCUGCAUCAUGGGUACGAGAUGCGAUCUCACUACCCUAUGUGAAGAAGAUCGCUGGUGCCUUUACGAACAAGACUGCUGGUGGAAAUCCGACUCAUCCGACAUUCAUGCUUAACCCUCAAUAUCAUCUGCGAAUCAGGUCCGGAAAGACGCGACUCAAGAUCACAGCGCGGAGCGAUCGACAUGUUCCACUCAAUAUCGUCGUGGCCUGGUCGAAUGGCGAGCGAAUUGCAGAACUGACACAGAACGCCGUCGUUGCGUCUUCUGGUUCUUAUUCCUAUGGGUUUGCCUUUGUCUCGAAGGAUCUUUCAGCUGGGGACUAUACUUUGAUUGUCUCAUCAUUCAACCCUCAAUCAUUGGGCCCAUUCACCGUCGAUAUUUCAGGCACUCAACCAUUUGAGAUCGAUCCCAUUCCUCAAGAAGGUGCUGGCAUGUUCAGCAAAGUGAUACGAGGUUCAUGGACAUCCGAGACUGCUGCCGGCAGUCCCUCCUUCAACCGUUACGUGAACAAUCCCAUCUACGAGAUGAAGCUCUCAUCCCAAAGCCAUGUAAAGAUACGCUUACAACUUGUGGACGGCAAUGCAGAAGUGCCUAUCAACGUAACAGUCUUCCGCUUAACUGAACAUGGAACCUUGGGUUCGCAGGUUGCGACCUCGGGGCCUUAUGCUGAUGCCAUUUCUGGAGUGGUGACCCCUCAGUUCCUCUUGCAACAUGGUUUGUACGCUGUCGUGCCAUCUACGUACACCCCCGGCAUCCUUGCCUCGUUUAGGCUGCUGGUCUAUACCACCGCCGCGGGAGCAACCGUUGAUUCUAGACACAUUUCAGCCUAAGUCUUCCCUUCGGCUAGUCUAGAACGGUCGCUCCAGUUUUAAAGGUCUCAGUCCAUACUCAUCCUGCUUGUGUACUUAUCUGCAUAUUGGAUGCUUAAACCUGGUUAAGAUGCGUCUAUAUCGUGUACAGUAAUCAUGAUUGAAUAUUACUACGUCAGCUCUC